CUGAUAUGUAUACAGCAACUCUGCUAUGUUUUUUUAUUUUUCUCCUUCUUUCCUCCAUCUAGCAAUCACGUUCAUCCAGACAGCAUUUCAACCUCCCUUUCUGACCGUGACAAUGAGGAAGCAGGUCGGUCCGAUCGAUAUACUGCAACCUCGCGUCCACUCCAGCGUCCAACCUCCCGGCGAAAUGAUCACUCUGAAGAACAACUUGAGGAGUCAUACCGUCGACAGGCGGCUGAUCUCCUUCGACCCCUUAACUUCAAAUCUACUGAGGAGAAGGCUCCCCUUCGGAAUCGAUUCAUUCCGAAUGCUGGUGGAACCACGACCUCGGUGGAACCGAUUGAAUGUUUUGACUCCAACGUCACUUUUGAUGAAGUGGCUGGACUUCAUGAACAAAUUCAAACUCUUCGCGAGUCUGUUGUCUUGCCUCUUGUCUAUCCGGAGUUAUUCCAAAGCAAAACCAUCGAGCCUCCUCGGGGUGUCUUGUUUCAUGGGCCACCUGGAACUGGUAAGACUUUACUUGCUCGAGCUCUAGCCAAUGAAUGCACCCGAAUGAGUUCAGGUGAGGGGCUGGCUAGUACCAUUCCAGGUGUCUCAGCCGCCAAUGCUCGUCCCAUCGCCUUUUUCAUGCGAAAAGGUGCUGAUGUCCUCUCCAAAUGGGUUGGUGAGACGGAGAGGAUGCUUCGUGAUCUAUUUGAAGAGGCCCACCGCUUGAAACCCUCAAUUAUCUUUUUCGAUGAACUGGAUGGACUUGCUCCAGUGAGGUCUUCUCGACAGGAUCAAGUUCAUUCCAGUAUUGUUGCAACACUCCUCUCCCUAAUGGAUGGCCUUGAUCGUAGACCCGGUGUCGUGGUGAUUGGUGCCACGAAUCGACCCGAUGCUAUCGAUCCGGCACUUCGACGCCCUGGCCGUUUUGAUCGAGAAUUCCAUUUCAAGUUGCCAAAUAUGGAUACACGACGGCGGAUUCUCCAAAUCAAUACCGCAAAGUGGGAUCCUAAACCCGAUGAUCAGUUGUUGGACUAUCUGGCAAGCGAGACUACUGGGUACUGUGGCGCUGACAUGAAAGCUCUAACAACUGAAGCUUGCCUCUGUUGUCUUCGACGCCAAUAUCCCCAAAUCUAUGAGAGCAAAGUGAAGUUGGAUAUCGAUCUCAAAUAUCUCGUUGUAAGUCUACCUCUAGGUAGAAGUUCCGUUAAUACCCAUUCAACACUGGAUAUUUCCAAAUGA